UAGUUGAGUGAACAGCAUUCAGUUGUCGGAGAGGAGACCGCAGCAGUGUGUGCGCUAUAAGGAGCAGAUAUCACGGAGAGAGAGAGAGAGAGAGAGAAAGUCAGACAACAGUGGCUGUUUGUGAAUAGGCAUUAAUUGGAAAAAGCUCAUGACAAAAUGCAUCGAUUACGUGCAUGGUACGGAUUAUGAUGUUUUAAAAUUGAUAUAUGCAUUUAGAGUAAUCUCCUCAUCACUUAAAUAGCACUGCGCAUCGUUGGAAUGUGCACUGCUGCCAUUAACGGACGCAUCUGAAGUAGCCCAGAGCUUGUUGAUUUGGCAGUGAAGACAGGCUUUUGGGUGUAAUCAGACCUUCAUUAACCAUCACAAAGAUGGUCCACGGUUGACGGGACUACUAAAAGACAUUUUUUUUCUCCCAAAGCCUUAUACAGUUUGGGGACUUUCCUUGGACUAAUGGUAAUGGGAAUUGACGCGUUAAAUAAAAAAGGAUAAGAUUUUUUCCAAAGUGCACUUGUUCUUUGGCGAUGAUUGUGCUAUUCCUUCUUCUGUGUAUUACAAAUGGAGUGGUCUCACAGAUACGCUACUCUGUGCCAGAGGAGGCGGAUCACGGCACGUUCGUAGGGAAUAUCGCCGAGGACCUUGGACUGGACAUGACCAAAAUCGCCUCGCGGCGCUUCCAGGUGGUGCCUAGCUCGCGGACGCCGUACCUGGAAGUGAACAUGGAGAACGGGAUUCUGUUCGUCAACGAAAGAAUUGACCGGGAGCAGAUCUGCAAGCAGAGUGCCAGCUGCCUAUUACACCUUGAAGUGUUUCUGGAGAACCCACUCGAGCUGUUCCGCGUGGAGAUAGAGGUCGUGGAUAUCAAUGACAAUCCGCCCAGCUUCCCCGAGACCGACAUCACCGUGGAGAUUUCAGAGAGCGCUACCCCCGGUACCCGGUUCCCUCUUGAGAGUGCAUUCGAUCCGGACGUGGGCUCCAACGCGCUGCGCACAUACGACAUCACCACCAAUAACUACUUCUACCUGGAUGUGCAGACGCAGACCGACGGGAACAAAUUCGCAGAGCUGGUGCUGGAGAAGCCGCUGGACAGGGAGCAGCAGGCGGCCCACAGGUACGUGCUAACUGCGGUAGACGGGGGGCAACCUCCACGGACAGGCACUGCUCUGCUGGUGGUCAAAGUGCUGGAUUCUAACGACAACGUGCCCGUGUUCGACCAGCCGGUGUAUUCGGUGAGCCUUCAGGAGAACGCACCGGUGGGGACCCUCGUUAUCCAACUGAACGCCACCGACUUGGACGAGGGGCAGAACGGGGAGAUAGUGUAUUCAUUCAGUAACCACAUCUCCAGCCGCGUCAAGGAUCUGUUCGCCAUAGACGCGCGCACUGGACGAAUCGAGGUGUGCGGCGAGGUGGAUUUUGAAGAGAGCAGCUUAUAUCAAAUAUUCGUUCAGGCGAAAGAUCUUGGACCCAAUGCCGUGGCUGCACACUGUAAAGUUCUGGUGAAAGUGACAGACGUAAAUGAUAAUGCUCCUGAUAUCACCUUUAGCACCGUGACUGAGUCGGUGAGCGAGAGGGCAGCCCCAGGAACCGUUAUAGCCCUGCUGAGCGUGACGGACAAAGAUGCCGAGGAAAACGGAAAGAUUCAUGUUGAAAUCCUCGGUGAUGUCCCGUUCAAACUCAAACCCUCCUUUAGGAACUAUUUCACCAUUGUAACAGACGGACCUCUAAAUAGGGAGAAUGCUGACUCUUAUUCAGUGACUGUAGUUGCCAAGGAUACAGGGAGCCCUUCCCUCGCAACCAGUAAAUCAAUCAAAGUGCAAGUGUCGGAUGAAAAUGACAAUGCCCCAACGUUUACGCAGCCCAUAUAUGAUGUGUAUGUGACUGAAAACAAUGUGCCAGGAGCUUAUAUCCACGCUGUGACAGCUUUGGACCCAGACGUUGGACAGAACGCUCUAAUUAGUUACUCCAUAAUGGAUUGUGAUAUUCAGGGUAUGUCUGUGAAAACAUAUGUGUCAAUCAACGAGGAAACGGGCUACCUUUACGCACUCAGAUCAUUCGAUUACGAGCAGCUUAAAGACUUCACUUUCACGGUUCAGGCGAAAGAUGCAGGUAGCCCCGAGCUCUCCUCGAACGCCACGGUCAAAGUGAUCAUCGUAGACCAGAAUGACAACCCUCCCUCAGUCAUUGCUCCUCUGGGUAAAAAUGGCACUGCGAGAGAGCCGCUGCCCCGCUCCGCUGAGCCUGGCUACCUGGUGACCCGUAUCGUCGCCAUGGACGCAGAUGACGGCGAGAACGCACGGCUCUCCUACAGCAUCCAGAGGGGGAACGAGAACGGCAUGUUCCGUAUGGACUGGAGGACAGGAGAGCUGCGCACUGCCCGGCGCGUCUCAACCAAGCGGGACCCGAACCAGAUGUAUGACCUGUUGAUAGAGGUGAGGGACCACGGCCAGCCACCCCUCUCCUCCACCGCCAGUGUGUUCGUGGUGCUGGUGGACAGCGUGGUGGAGGACCACCGGGAGAGGGGCACCGCCAAGUCCAAGGAGACCACUCUGGACCUCACCCUCAUCCUCAUCAUCGCCCUGGGCUCUGUCUCCUUCAUUUUCCUCCUGGCUAUGAUCGUGCUGGCAGUGCGCUGCCAGAAGGACAAAAAGCUAAAUAUCUACACGUGCCUCACCAGUGAUUGUUGCCUCGGGUGCGCCACAUGCUGCAGCAGGCAUGCGCGAGCCCGCAAGAAAAAGCUCAGCAAGUCUGAUAUCAUGCUGGUGCAGAGCGCCAACGUCACCGGGGCCGGUACAGCCCAAGUGCCCGUGGAAGAGUCCGGGAGCUUCGGCUCUCACCACCAAAACCAGAACUAUUGCUACCAGGUAUGUCUGACACCGGAGUCUGCCAAAACCGACCUCAUGUUCCUAAAGCCGUGUAGCCCAUCUAGGAGCACAGACACGGAACACAACCCGUGCGGGGCCAUAGUGACAGGGUACACUGACCAGCAACCCGACAUCAUAUCAAACGGCAGCAUUUUAUCAAGCGAGACCAAACAUCAGCGAGCCGAACUCAGUUACCUGGUGGACAGACCUCGGCGUGUGAACAGUUCGGCUUUCCAAGAAGCGGAUCUCGUUAGCUCUAAAGACAGUGGUCACGGUGACAGCGAACAGGGCGACAGUGACCAUGACGCCACCAAUCGAGGUCACUCUACGGGCGCUGAUCUCUUCUCUAACUGCACAGAGGAGUGCAAGGCUCUGGGCCACUCCGACCGCUGCUGGAUGCCCUCCUUCGUGCCCUCCGACGGGCGCCAGGCAGCAGACUACCGCAGCAACCUGCACGUGCCAGGCAUGGACUCCGUGCCCGACACUGAGCGAGGAAAAGGGUUUGCUAGCUCCUUUCGCGUGGACAUACCAGAGACCGCAUGACUUUGCGCAAUCAGUCAAAACGACAAAAACUAAAUAGAGCAUCAAGUUCCAUUUCCUUAGCUGUACCACGUCUGACUGACAUUCCUCCUACGGAACACGGAACUCUGUGGACAACAUUCCCUCCGGAAUUCUAUUGGAACACUGCCGGCCUUGGAUAUUACUAUCUAUGGGACUCUGGAGGGGUUGGAAGUGGUGGGACGGACAGAGAGACACGGUUAGGAGAAGGACAGGCAGACAGCUCUACACGAGGACCCCACCGCUCUCAGCAGGACUGAGACAGAGUUGAAAACAGAACUAAUAGAGGGGGAGGAGAACGAGGGAGGAGGAGGAGGAGAACGAGGGAGGAGGAGGAGAACAAGGGAGGAGAACGAGAACGGAGGAGAAGGACGAGGGGGGAGGACGAUGGAGGAGGAGGAGGACGAUGGAGGAGGAGGAGGACGAGGGAGGAGAUGGAGGAGGAUCUCUCCUCUCUGAUCUGUGUGUGCCUGUUUACAGCGCUAAUGUACAUCUUUUAAGAAGAAGAGAAAAAAAAACAGAGAAAAUAACAACAAAAAAAGACAGGAAACGGAACAACGACGUCACUGAGCCCUUUAGAUGUUUAUACUCACAGCAGAAGCCAGUUGUACAGGAGAUCUUUGUGCAUUUUAAAUGCAAUACCACUGUUUUAGACUUGACUGUUUUUCUAUUCAGUUUGUGUGGUCAGGUGUCUUCUCCUCAGAUCUACAGUACUUCAACUUUAUAAGGAAAGAUUGUGAUUUUUUUUUAAAGUUCUGCUUUUGCUUUUUUCACAACAUAGUGAGUCUGGACAGUGAUGGGCUUCGCCUUUGAAUUCUAAGCUGUUCAGUAGUUUAUAUAAUGUGUGAGAAGUGUUAACUGUACUCUUUUAAAAAGCUUCAACAUGAAUAUAAAUCUAUAUAUAAAUCUAUCAAUAUAUACUUUUUCUGAAGGUAUGCUAUCUAUUCGGUGGGUUUCCUAUUGUGUGUAGACAGAGGUCCAUACGCUGCUUAAAGUGCUGUAGAAGGCUUGGGAGGAUCUUACAAGUUGGCGGCGUUCUUACCAUGAAAACAAAAUAGCCUUAUCUUUCAUGUGAAACCACGUUUUCAUCCGGUUUGAUUAUUUAAUUUUUCACCUUUGGAUAUUGAAAGUUGAAAUUCAUGUCUAUAAAUAAAAAAAGUGGUAAUAAUUUAGAUUGAAUUCCAUGGUAAUUCUGUGUUAUUGUAACCAAAAAAGGGUCAAUUAAAAAGAACAAAACAAAAAGUGGCCAAAUAAUGAAAGGUGUUGUACACAUGCAGUGUAAAAUCUAAUAUACACACAUACACAGUCACACCACAUAAACACACCAUAAUGCCAACAAUAAACCGAAAAAUGAGAAAUGUA